GUAGGGUCGACGCGAAACGAGAAAGUGCUGUGUGCAGUGAAUUUAUAUUAUAGAACAUGAAGUUUCUAUGGUACUUCAUCGCCGUGAUGACGGUAGCUGAAUCAGCAGUGGAUAUCGAGAAAACAGUGAAACAAGUACAAAAUAUUUUGCAGUCACAUUCUGAACUCCCUAGACUUACCCGCGAAGAGAUCAUACAGCUGAUGAAUGAUAUCAAAGCUGAAGACGAAAAAACUUCAACAUCGAAACAAAGCAGUAAAGAGAGCAAUGAAAUUAAAAUCACAACACCUUACAGUACAUCAGACAAUGAAAUAUAUUCAGUAACGCAGACGUUAGAUAAUGAGGAAAUUUUACUGAUAAAUGAUGUGGCUUCAGUUCAGCCAGACACACUUGAGGCAACGACAAAGAAAAGUGAACCAUCUCUAACCGUUGUACUUCCUUAUACUCCUAGAGACGGAUCUUCAUUACAAGAGCUAUACACUAGACCACCAAGAGUUGAAAUUGUACCUGCUUCUGAAGUAACUCCGCAGCCAAUGAAAACAUCCGAUAUAAAUCAAAUACAAAUUAAUAACGUAAAUAAACAGAAAGAAGACUUCACUGCGGAAUUGAGGGCAUUUUUAGAUGCUCAUGGUUUGAAAGCUAAACCGGGACAAGAUCACUUCUUGCUCCCUCUAGAAGGUUUCAAGCCAUUGCCGCCGGCAAAAAUAAUUGACGGUAAUAUUGAUUUACCAGAAAAUAUUCUUUUAACUUACGAUUUGAUUUCACCAGCAGAACUAAAAGCCAGUAAAGUCCAAACUAUUUCACCUACGAAUUUUUUGUACGAGCCUCUUCGUCCAGAGAUUCCGUUUGAAUUAGACACUUCAUCAUCUGAAAUCAAAGAGGUAGUCUAUCCUUAUGACAUGCCGAAGAGUAGAAAACCAAAGUCCGCACCGAAUUAUGAGCCAAUCGACUACGACUCCGUCAAAGUAAUUCCUUUAAAUAAAGGCAUCAACCCGAUCGAAGACAUAAAAUCUACUGUUGAAAAUGAACAGAGCAAAAGACAGACCAAUAGUACUGAUGUUACUGAAGCUUCUAUAACUACCGAGGAACCAAAAGCAGCUAGUGAUACUGUUCAAGACUCUUCACCUUCUCCUAUUCCGGAUGACGCCGGAGCGUCUAUAGCAGAUCUGGAGGAUUCUUUUGGAGGAGCAGCACCGUCUCUGCCCGGGGAUUCCGAAUUACCGCCUCCAAGGAAGAACGGCUUUUACUGGAUGCUUGAUUGGAAUAGUUUUCUAGAAGUAGGAGACGGUGAUACAAAAGUGAAUAUACGUUUCGAACCAAAACUCGGAGACCCGCAGAUGUUCCUGCCUGUAACGGUUCCCUAACUCCUCAAUUAACUAUUUUAUAGUUUUACGAGUUCUAGUCCCGACGUUUAGAUAUUAUUGAAAUUACUUUGACAUUCAGUUGCAAUUA